AUGUCGUCCGAGCUGCAGAGCAAGGCCGUGGAGAGGCUGCACAGGUCCGCCGCGCUGCGCGCCGAGAAGCGGAGGCUGGCCUCGAAGGAGAAGUUGGCCGAGCUCGAGAAGCAGCUGCACGCGGAGAGCGUGCACAGCGCCGCCCUCUCGAGGCUGCAGCCGGGCGCCCAGGGAGCCUCUUGGCCAUACCCUGGCGAUCGGCCCGACCGCCGCGCGUUAUCAUUCCCAGGCUUCCUCGUCGCGUGA